GAUCACGUAAGUCAAGAUGAGGUGCGAUUUUAAAGGCGCUCUGCUGCCCACUGUGCUCCCUCCAGUGCUGCUGAUGGAGAUAGUGUUGGGAAUCUUAGCAAAUGGUUUUGCUCUUUGGAUCUUCUGUUUCCAGCUGAAGCCAUGGAAGAGCAGCACAGUGUUGCUAUUUAAUCUGGCUGUGGCAGACUUUCUCCUCAUCAUGGCUUUGCCUUUUCGUGCCAGCUACUACCUGUCAGGGAUCAACUGGAUGUUUGGAGAGAGCGUCUGCAACAUCAUUCUCUUCAUGUUGGCCAUGAAUCGCAGUGGGAGCACCUUCUUCUUGAUGGCCAUUGCUCUGGACAGAUACAUGUGUGUGGUGCAUCCUCAUCAUCCCAUCAACUCGUGUUUCAAGAGUGUUUCAAAGGCCAUGCUGGGAGCACUCAUUCUAACCCUGUUGCUAUGACAGCUCACCUCUACUGCACCUUCCACAACGUUGUCCAACUAAGAGGGAGACGGGAGAAGCAAGAAUAGUAACAUUCCCAGAGUUUUUUCUUUCAUACCAAGAAAAGUUGUAUGGUAGAGAUAAGGACCCCAAAUCUUCACUGUUCAAUGCCUAUGGUAGUUACCAAUUUCCUAGGGCUGGGUGUUCAUUCUCUCUCUGUCUUUCUCUCUCUCUCUCUCUGCAGUCAGAAGAUGAGAAACAAAAAGAUAGAAUUUUGUGUCACCGAGCAUUUAUGUUCAGAAAACAAAUGAAGUUCCAAAGUCCUCAGCCAGGAACAGUGGCGAGG